GGCUUCCUUCCGGCCGCCAUUUUAGCUGCUUCAACCUCGCUCGCUCUCGGCUGCCUGGCAGGGUCGGCGUCCCCCGCCGCCAUGUCCAAGCGCCACCGCCUCGACCUCGGCGACGACUACGGCUCCAACAAGAAACGCGCCACCGCCGCCGCCGCCGAUGGGAAGGAUCGAGAUCGUGACCGGGAUCGCGAUGAUCGCUCCAAAGACCGGGACCGAGAGAGAGAUCGCGACCGGGAAAGAGAGAAGGAAAAGGAUUUACGCCCUUCGGCCAACUCGGCCCUCCUGGCUGGCGUCGGGCUGCCCCCUCUGAAGCCCACCUUGUUCCCACAGGGCAUUAAUCCCUUUACAAACCUGCCCCACACCCCCCGUUACUAUGAAAUCUUAAAGAAACGCCUGCUGCUCCCGGUGUGGGAAUACAAGGAAAGAUUUACCGACAUCCUCAUCAGACACCAGUCCUUCGUGCUGGUGGGUGAGACGGGCUCCGGUAAAACCACCCAGAUCCCUCAGUGGUGUGUUGACUACAUGCGGUCCCUGCCCGGACCGAAGCGAGGGGUCGCGUGUACACAGCCGAGGAGAGUGGCUGCGAUGAGUGUGGCCCAGCGAGUCGCCGACGAGAUGGAUGUGAUGCUGGGCCAGGAGGUCGGUUACUCUAUUCGAUUUGAAGACUGCAGCAGCGCCAAAACCAUUUUGAAGUAUAUGACUGACGGUAUGUUGCUACGUGAAGCCAUGAAUGACCCUCUGCUCGAACGUUACGGGGUCAUCAUUCUUGACGAGGCCCACGAAAGGACCCUGGCUACGGAUAUUUUGAUGGGAGUGCUGAAGGAGGUUGUAAGGCAGAGGUCUGAUUUAAAGGUGAUAGUGAUGAGCGCCACUCUAGAUGCUGGCAAGUUUCAGAUUUAUUUCGAUAACUGCCCUCUGCUCACCAUUCCUGGCCGUACGCAUCCGGUGGAGAUUUUUUAUACUCCGGAGCCCGAACGGGAUUACCUCGAAGCAGCCAUCCGUACAGUAAUACAAAUCCAUAUGUGCGAGGAAGAGGAAGGAGACCUGCUUCUUUUUCUGACUGGACAAGAGGAGAUAGAUGAAGCCUGCAAGAGGAUAAAGCGUGAAAUUGACGACCUGGGCCCUGAAGUGGGUGACAUUAAAAUCAUCCCCUUAUAUUCCACACUUCCCCCUCAGCAACAACAGAGGAUUUUUGAGCCCCCACCUCCCAAAAAGCCCACUGGUGGGAUAGGACGAAAGGUGGUCGUAUCAACUAAUAUUGCUGAGACAUCAUUGACAAUAGACGGGGUUGUUUUCGUCAUUGAUCCUGGCUUUGCGAAACAAAAGGUCUACAAUCCACGAAUCAGGGUGGAAUCUCUGUUGGUUACCGCGAUUAGCAAAGCUUCCGCUCAACAGAGGGCUGGCCGUGCUGGUCGUACUCGGCCCGGCAAAUGUUUCCGGCUCUACACAGAAAAAGCGUACAAAACUGAGAUGCAGGACAACACCUAUCCUGAGAUUCUGAGGUCAAACUUGGGUUCUGUGGUAUUACAGCUGAAGAAGCUUGGUAUAGACGAUUUAGUUCACUUCGAUUUUAUGGACCCGCCAGCUCCAGAAACCUUGAUGAGAGCCUUGGAGCUUCUGAAUUACUUAGCGGCUUUAAACGAUGACGGAGACCUGACUGAACUGGGGUCCAUGAUGGCCGAGUUUCCCCUUGACCCACAGCUGGCUAAAAUGGUUAUUGCAAGUUGCGACUACAACUGUUCUAAUGAGAUUCUAUCUAUUACUGCCAUGUUGUCAGUCCCACAGUGUUUUGUUCGCCCCACGGAAGCCAAGAAAGCUGCCGACGAGGCCAAGAUGCGAUUCGCCCACAUAGACGGAGAUCAUUUGACGUUGCUGAAUGUGUACCACGCUUUUAAACAAAAUCAUGAAUCGGUUCAGUGGUGCUAUGACAACUUCAUUAACUACAGGUCCCUCAUGUCUGCAGACAACGUACGCCAACAGCUGUCACGAAUCAUGGACAGGUUUAAUCUGCCACGCAGAAGCACAGACUUCACCAGCAGGGACUAUUACAUCAAUAUACGAAAGGCCUUGGUUACCGGUUACUUCAUGCAGGUGGCCCAUUUGGAACGGACGGGGCAUUACCUGACGGUGAAAGAUAACCAGGUAGUUCAGCUGCACCCCUCGACAGUUCUCGACCACAAACCGGAAUGGGUGCUUUACAACGAAUUUGUCCUUACCACAAAGAACUACAUUCGCACUUGUACAGACAUCAAACCAGAAUGGUUGGUGAAAAUUGCUCCCCAAUAUUACGACAUGAGCAACUUCCCACAAUGCGAAGCAAAGAGACAGCUGGACCGCAUCAUCGUCAAACUCCAGUCGAAGGAGUACUCCCAGUACUGAUUGGCCUUUGAGCUGAACUUGCUCAGAGAACAGCUUCAAACGAUAAAUGGCGUUCUUAAAAGUUCCAGGUUGUGCUCUUUGCCUUUAUUUGGGAGGUUUCUAAUUUCUUCUACACAGUAAAUAUUCCAUUUUAAUUUCAUACAUUAAAUAUGUAUGCCUCUCUUUUCUUUGUGUGUUGUUCACACUGUAACUCAUACCGGGGGGGGGGCGGGGGGGGGGAAAGCUGAUCAAUGUUUUGCAGUUUAUGAAAAGUAGUUUCUCUCUUUCUCUCUCUCUCUCUCUCUCUCUCUCUCUCUCUCUCUCUCUCUCUCUUUUUCUCUUAACAAUGUUGUAAGCAUUUCUUUAGAAAUGGUUGGAAAUGCUUCUGAAAUGUGAGUCUCCACCAUGGCGUGCAUGAUCGUUGUAAUUGUUGACAUUCCUUUUAGAAGUGAAAUGUUACAAUGUGCUUAUGUAGACACAACCUUCAGCUUCACUGCAGAAGUGUACUGACUUCAAUAAAGUCUAUUUAUACUAAAA